UUGGGCCUUACUUCCUGAGUCGGUUACCCAUUUGGAUUAGGACUCGGUUCGGUUUUUUUCCUUCCCUUUUUCAAUAUGGGAAGUGGCGAAAAGAGUUUCCUGCUAUGGUAGUCCCAACGCUCUUACUGUGUCUAAUCUCAAGUUCUCAGCCCAGCUCUACAGCCUUCCUUUUCAAAACGAGGGUGGCUAUGUCGCUUACGGAGCUCGAUGACCAGACGGUGCGCAGCAUGUCAAUCGGUGCAGUUUUCUCCGACUUCGGAGGAAAGAUAAAUUCGCUUGAUUUUCAUAGAAAGGACGAUUUGUUGAUUACUGCCAGUGAGGAUGAUUCGGUUCGGCUUUUUGACAUUGCCACUGCUAAAAUUUUGAAGACCACUUACCAUAAGAAACAUGGGGCGGAUCGUAUAUGCUUCACCCACCAUCCCAGUUCUGUUAUAUGUUCUUCCAGAUACAAUUUGGAUUCUAACGCAGAGUCAUUGCGAUAUUUGUCCAUGUAUGAUAAUAGAUGCCUUCGCUACUUCAAAGGGCAUAAAGAAAGAGUUGUUUCUCUCUGUAUGUCUCCUAUAAAUGAUAGCUUCAUGUCAGGAUCUCUUGACCACACUGUGAGAAUAUGGGAUCUUCGUGUAAAUGCCUGCCAGGGAAUUUUGCGUUUACGUGGUAGACCAACAGUUGCAUAUGACCAACAAGGCCUUGUCUUUGCGGUGGCAAUGGAAGGGGGUGCUAUUAAAUUGUUUGAUUCACGUUCCUAUGACAAGGGUCCAUUUGACACUUUUUUAGUUGGCGGAGAUAUGGCAGAGGUCUGUGAUAUCAAAUUCAGCAAUGAUGGCAAAUCAAUGCUAUUGACAACCACAAAUAACAAUGUCUAUGUUCUUGAUGCCUAUGCAGGGGAGAAGCGUUGUGGGUUUAGUUUAGAACCAUCUCCAAAUACAACUAUAGAGGCAACUUUUACCCCAGAUGGCCAGUACGUGGUCUCAGGGUCAGGAGAUGGUACCUUGCAUGCCUGGAACAUAAACAUGCGAACUGAGGUGUCAUCUUGGAACAGCCAUAUAGGCGUUGCAACAUGCUUAAAGUGGGCUCCCCGUAGGGUCAUGUUUGUUGCUGCAUCAUCUGUUCUCACAUUUUGGAUACCCAAUGAUGAUUCAAAAUCAAUUGCUGCACCUGCUUCUGCUGAUGCACAAGCUCAAUCCGAGCAAUUUACACAAUGAAAACAAAGAUCUUUCUCGUUUAAAUCAGCUGUGGCGCGCAUCGGUCAAAAAUAUAAACUCUUAUCUACCAUUGUAAGAUCAAUAGUUUGUGCCUGAAUUUGAGUCUGUUGUAAAAAUCUUCCAUUUUAGUUCAAUGCAUAUUCACUUCACUACCUUCUAAAGCAUUAUG